AUGGUGGUUGCAGAGUUCAAAUUUUGCAAUCAGACCGUCUCGCAUCUUGUUUCAGGAUCAACUACUGUCAAGGAGAUGAUAAGUGUGGUGAAACAAAAGUGGCCUUAUGUUCCUGAAGACCUCAAACUUUUUGGUUACACUGUAGAUGGGAUUUCAAAUGUCAUCAAUCACGAUUUGGAUUUGAGGUUUUUCAUUCACUACUGCAGCUCACAAGAGAUUGACUUGUUGAAGUUUAAAACACAGUUAAGGACUUGUGUUGAUUCUAUUUCUUCAUCAUCUUCUUCUGCUCCUGCUUCUUCGUCAUCAUCAAGUUGUAUUUCCAGCUAUGAUGUAGUUGUUGUGGAAGACGUCACUAAUGAUGCGUGUUUGAUCAAAAAGGUCCCGAAGAAAUAUGAUGCUUGGGUCAACAUAUUAACUGGAGUAGCGCAGUUGUUUGAAGGUGGCAAUUUUGAAGUUAAGGACUAUUUUAUAAAGUAUGAAAUAUGUAGUGGUCGCAAAUACAAUUUAGUUAAGAGUGACUUUGAACGAUACACUGUGGAGUGCAAGUUCAAGGAGGAGGAAAAUUGUCGCUGGAGGUUUCACGCAUCUAUCCUUGCCAAAUCAAAUGGUGUAUUCCAAUGCAAGAGAUAUAUUGCAGAGCAUUCAUGUAGUUUAGCUUGUUCUGAUCCAUCAAAAGUUCGGAUGAGAAAAUCGUUUAUGAAGAAUAUAUUGUCAGAUGAUUUACGAACAUCGAAGAAGAAGAAGACUGCUUAUGAUGUUAUAGAUUUAAUCCGAAUGGAAUAUGGAGUUGACCUCACGUAUAGUCAGGCAUACCAUGGUUUACAAUUCACCAAGCAAUUUCUUUGGGGUGAUGACAUCAAGUCCUAUUCAUACUUUGUCUGCUUCCAUAACUGGUUUCAACAAUUACUGACGUCCGAUGCUAUUUAUCGAUUGUACCUUUCUCACUGGGAAGUUCAAAGGUGGUCUUAUGGUUGCUUGCGGCAAAACUGGAAACCAAGUGGUUUGAGAUCUAUCCAGCUGCAUUUGGAAUGGUUCCCUGUGAAAAUGGUGAGAGUUGGCAAUGGUUCCAAUUUGAAGGGCAUUAUUCGUGAAGAUCGUCCACUGACCAUCAUAUCAGAUUGUGGAAACGACAUUUUGAAGCAUGUGCCUGAAGUCUUCCCAAAUGCUUACCAUUCGUACUAUUUGUAUCAUAUGAAAGGAAAUAUUCUUGUUCCAAAGGGCAAGAGUACACAAACUGCAGUCAAGUUAUUCGAAGAGUGUUACACUGCAUUAACAAAGGAAAAAAUUUAUGCUGCUGCGAAGAGUAUGAGUAAUCUUAAGUUGAAUUCAGUGGUUGCUUGGAUGAUGAAGAUUUCAUUCGAGAAUUGGGCUUCUCAUGCAUUUCUAGUAGAAAGGUGGGGUGAGAACACAUCUAAUAUUGCUGAGAGUUUUAAUAACUUUAUUAAGCAUGAUAAAGCCGCUUCCAGCACUUGA